GUUCCAAUCUCUGACACAGAAGCCAACAGCUCAGUUCUCCUAAGGACACAAGUCCCGCCUUAUACCUCACCUACCACCUCCAGUCUCUGACCACCAGCCCCCGCCCAGUCCACUACCCCUCGACGCAGCAUCGGCCACGUCUCAAUGAGACAGCGGAGAGCCGCUGCUGCCCGAGGACACUAGGGAGGAGAGGACCGCGUACGGAUUGCGUCGCCAGACAGCACAACCCCAAACUGCUAAAGCCCUGUCUUUUCUGCAGCACAGGCAACGCACAGCUCCACGGAAGAAAACAAAGAGAAAAAGCCACAUUAGACACCAGAGACUGACAGUGAACCCCAGUCAUCAUGACCCGCUGCAGAGUGAACCUCCGCACUGUGCUUUUCCUGGUGAUCCUGCAGGGGGCAGCAGUGGUGCUGCUUUCUAGGUGGUAUGUCCAGCUCAGUCCCUGCAGCUCUGCCCCCUCCAACAACAAAGUGCAUGUCCUGCUGCUGUCGUCGUGGCGAUCCGGCUCAUCCUUCCUGGGUCAGGUGUUCAGUCAGCACCCAUCUGUCUUCUAUCUUAUGGAACCCGCUUGGCACGUGUGGACCACACUGCAUAAACCCAGUGCACGGGCACUUCAAAUGGCUGUGAGAGAUAUGUUGCGGAGCAUAUUCCAGUGUGACUUCUCAGUGAUGGAGGCCUACCUGCCAGACCACUACAAUGCUUCCUCCUUGUUCAUGUGGAGUUACAGUAGAGCACUGUGCUCACCACCAGCCUGUCCUCUCACACCACACAACCAGUUCAGCAACCAGACCUUGUGCUACAAGACAUGUGAUGCUAGGGGCCUGCAGGGGGUGGAGAAGGCCUGUGGCACUUACAGUCACGUGGUGAUAAAAGAAGUGCGGCUUCUUGAGCUGGAGUCUCUCUAUCCACUUUUGCAGGACCCAAGUCUAGAUCUCCGCAUCAUCCAUUUGGUCCGAGACCCGAGGGCUGUGAUACAGUCUAGGGAGGAGGUAUCCAAAUCCUUAGCGUUUGAUAAUGCUGCCGUACUGGAGCAGAGGCGUGUAUGGGCACCUGAGGUGCAGUAUCAGGUCAUGCAGGAGAUCUGCCGUAGCCACGUGCGCAUCAAUGAGAGGGCCGUCCUGAAAUCCCCUCCAUUUCUGAAGGGUCGCUACAAAAUGGUCCGCUAUGAGGAUAUGGCACGCAGCCCACUUGAGGAAAUAGUUGCCAUGUAUGAGUUUGUAGGACUGGAGAUGACCGAACAGUUGGAGGAAUGGAUUUACACAGUGACCCAUGGACAAGGCAAAGGCACCAAGAAAGAGGCCUUUGAUGUCACCUCACGAGAUGCUGUGACUGUCUCCCAGGCUUGGCGCACCAUACUGCCAUACAACAAGGUCAGACGCAUUCAGGCAGUGUGUAAAGGGGCCAUGUCCUUACUCGGGUACAGAACAGUUCACAGUGAGCAAGAACAGAAGAGACUUGACAUAGAUCUGCUGAUACCACGGGAACCAUAUAGUUUCAGCUGGUUACCAGCAAAAACCGAGCAUCCUAGUAACAGUUAAAACAUGAAUGAUAAAGACAUUAUCACCAAGACACUACUAUAUGUUUCAUUAGCUGAGGGAAUACCAGCAUGAGGUUAAAACAUUGAUUUGUGAUAAACACAAUGUCAGUCAAGAGAGAAGAUCCAUCCAUCUAUUAUCUACACCACUUUUUCCUGAAUAGGGUCACGGGG